AAUUACGUAACUAGCAGAGCAGGAAACAACUGAGCCGUGGGGAUAUUGGGGUGAUGAGGGUGUGGUAUAUGGCCCGAGGUGGGCCAAGAAUUUCAAAAAGCACAACUGGGUUUUUCCAAUCUUGUUGCAACUUGUGCAGACAAUACACAUUACAAAAAAAAAAGGACACAUAAAAUGUCACCGCUCCCACCCGAACUCUUAUCGUGUAUCCUCCUCCACACCAAAACCCCAACAACACACCACAACCCAACCCUCUACGCCUGCCUCCAAGUCUCAAAAGCAUUUUAUCUCACAACCCGCCAAAUCCUCUGGUCAGCCCCCCGACUCGGCACACGUAUCCAAAACCGAGCCUGGAGAGGAUUCGUUAACGCCGUUUUGGGUCCCUACAAGGAUUUUGUUCACGUUAUUGAGGAUGUUUGGUUGGUUGUUGGUGGAGAAAGAUGAUGAUGAUGGGAGGAGGGAUUCCGGUAUCGACAUGUUCAAACCGUAUUCGUUGCAAUAUGUUUUAUAUCAUAUGGUUGAAAUGUGUGAGAAUGUCCAUACGGUGCGAUUACAUCUUCAUUGUGAUGUACCGUAUGCAUUGCCUUGGAAGCUUCGUAUAGGGACAUUAAGAGAGUUGGAAGUGUACAUGAGGGUUGAUGAUGAGUUUUUAGAGAGGGUUUUUGAAGCUGCGGGAAACAAAUUAGAAGGAUUGGUGUUGCAUUCGACAGGGAUAUCAACAAGAGGGUUCGAAAGGAUACGAUACGCUGCCCCGGGGUUAAAAAAGUUGAUCUUAUCACAGGCUCCACGGUCAAGACAUUCCGUGUACCGCCCUACAAUGGAUUCAUAUGCCAUUGCACCAUUUCUGGAAUCUCAUCCUCAGUUAACGGAAUUUCAUGUAACGCCCCUUCCAAGACUACGACCAAGCGAUCUCCAAUCCCUUUCACACACCCUCCAAUCUCUAACAUUAACACUAUCAACUGAAACGCACUUGACUGUCAGAUCCAUCACAACCGUCAUCCUACCCCCAUUGACCCGGCUUCAAUCGCUUAAACUAGUGGGAAACACGGACCCAGCUGCUGUGUACAUGUCCGACGGCGUCGUUUCUGAACAAGAGGUUCUAGAGAUACCCACAGGAACGUCAGGGGCAUUUCGGAGGCUUGUAUUAUCUCAAUUGGAUUUAUACCGUGAAGAAGGGUACAAGGAGUUUUAUGGGAGAGGGAUGCCAUGGGCUGUAGAUGCCUUUAUGGGACGCUGGAAAACAAGGUGGAAAGUAGAGUUGGUUAUUGAGGGAUGAGGACAUGGCAUUAAGGGCUAUGUCGUGGGAGGUGUUUUAUGGGAGAGGGACUGUAGAUGCCUUGAUUUGAUGGAAAUCGAGAUGGAAGGGCGUAGAGUUGGUUAUUGAGGGGAUAAACACAAUGUCAACAAAAUAGCAUAAAUCAAGUUGAUUAAAAUAUGGGUUAUACAUGUGGUAUCUACAAAG